ACUUACUGUAACCAACACCUCAUGGAGUGAACAGGUACAGACAGAGGUCCAGACACAGGUCGACAUUCAUACUUUAUCAGACUCAGAGGGACCGGACAGAGGUCUUUGCUGAUGUGGUAUCGUGGCGAUGGUGCUGUCAAAGAGAGCUUCACUGUGGUCUGUGGAGGAGGUGCUGGAGUGGGUGCAGGAUCAGUAUCCAGCCCACAUGGGGACGCUUCAGAAAGCCAUAAUUAAACACGCCAUAUCAGGCCGUGCGCUGCUCAGGCUGAAGGAUCACCACCUGGAGCUUCUCGGUGUGGAGGCAGAGGAGCAGCAGCAGGAAAUCUUGCAGGACCUCCUCCUCCUCAGAGUUCAAGAAGAAAUCGAUGAACUCAGUGACAUCUGCUCGGAGUGUUUUUCUCCAUAACAGGAAAUAGAUAUCCCCAGAAGAAAUGCAACACACUUUUUCUAUUUCCCAUCCAUCCAUUCGUCCAUGUGAAGGAUGGAAAUAACAAGAGAAGGUGAAGAGACAGAAGAAUCAAUGAGGAGAGACGAGAGAAAGAAACCUAUUUCCUGUGUGAAAUGUGAUCGCUGCAGACGGAUGAGAUUAGUUUUUGUCGGAGCGUCUUUUUCUGAUCCCUGCUGUCCAUUAGUCUCUGUCUUUGUUCUUUCUCUGUCGUUGAAUAUUUUUAGCUACACUUACAGCGUGGCUCUUUGUGUGUCCGCCUCUGAGGUCUGGAUUAUUUCAACAGCUACAUAAUGAAUAAGAAGGAGACUGUAAACUUUUCAUCCAGCACUAUCAUCAAGUAAAACAUCUCAUUUCAGUCACUUUGGUUGAUGUAGUUAAACUCAUGACGGCUUCAGCUGCAAGUCACGGCUCUUAACUGCUUUUUACUAAUCGUCUCUGACAUGCUAAAGUACGUCACUUUGCACGGUUUAGUUUAUAACUGCUGAACAUUAAAUCUUAAACUCUUUUAUUUUGAGGACAUUUCUGUGUUAGCAUUUAGCUCAAAGCAUCACUCAAGCAAAACACAGCCUCUAAAGGGAGGGGACAAAAUAUCCAUACGACAAUAUAUCCUCUUACUAAAUCAUGCAUUUCAUGCUGGUGCCAAAUAUUUGCAUUUUUUAUUCCAUGCCGUGAACAGAUUUUGCUCCUAAUUUGAGUGUCACCACUUCAUGACCCCUCAUGGUGGCGCUAAUGCAGCACUUCACUGCGUUUAUCAGUUAUUGCAGAAUCACUGUAUUUUAAUUUAAUCAUCAUGGGCAAUAUAUCAGGUAUUAUCUCAUGUUAUAUUGAAUCGUACUGCAAUGAGAGUCACCCUGCAAUCCCAGCAUCUUGUAUUAAAUAACGGCAAUAGCAUAAAAUGUUAUGAAGUCGAUCAAUACCUACUAUCACCAUUUUACACACGUUUUUUAUGUGCAAAUAUUUUCUUUCAAAAUUGCAGUGACUAAUUAAAAAAAAAUCUGGAUAAUUAAUCUAGAGCUGAAAAUGUAUUAAGUGACAUAAACCAUUUAACAGCAUCAAAUCUAAACAAAGAAUAUCUGUUUAAAGCUCCUGUGAGCAACCUUUCGUCCAUGUUGAAUUUGGCGCCCCCUGUGGACAAAGCCAUAUUUGCUGAUUUUGUCCUGUACGUGUGUAAUCAGUAUUUCCCAACUAAAAAAAUCUCAUCCUGCUCUCUUGUAAAAGUCAAAUGUGUCACUAAUUAUGUGAUAAUGUGUUAAAAUGCUGAAUCAGCAGUAUAAAGUUAAGCACUUUGAUAACACCUACCCUCCAUCAGUGGUUUCAGACAUUAAAAAUAACUGUAGAGGCAAAGUCUUUCUUCUUGCUGAUGAUGUUAUUUGUAUUUUGAGUUCAUAAAGAGGCAUUAAUAUUAAUUUCAGUCUGUUACACAAUCAGAUAAAAACUCCAUACUGGAGCUUUAAUUGGUGUAAAGGUAAUGUCAUGAUGUCACACUGUCUUAAACUAGGUAACUAGGAAUUUCAUGUCGCACAUAUCUCAUCGACUGAAACUGGCUUUACAUUUCAGAUGAUGGUUUUAAUCUUCUGUCUUAUGUUUAAUUGCUUUUCCUUGUUUGUUUUUGACUGAUAAACCACAAACAGUGCGCUGUAUACAUCACUGAAAACAACUAACUGAACAUCUCAACUUGCUGGAUUUAGUGUUGUUGUGUUUGACAAGACUGUAUUUGCUCAUUUGAUUAAGGUGAUGACUUUUAAGACUGGCUGCAACUGAUAAAAAAUGUGUUUAUUUCCUUAAUUCAAGAGGUCCUUAAACUUUCUGAUGACUGUUUCAUGAAGUGUUUAUGAUGUUAGUCUGCUUUCAGUGCUUAUUAUAAGCCUCAAUACCACUGUACAUUUCUGUUACAUAGAAUUGUCACUGUUGCUUCAUGAUUGAUAGCAUUGCUCCAGUACAUUUGGUGGAAUUAAACAGCUGUUAUGGCCACAGAA